AGGAUUAGGUUUUCUUUGCAGAUCUCGUUUGUUCUUGAAGUAUUUUUAUCCUCUACAAAUUCUUGAUCGAGGAAGAAUAUAAUCGUAGUUUUUUUUGACAAAAAUUGCAUCCGAUCAUGGAGAUGGAGCGUGUUACAGAGUUUCCGAUGAGUAAUGUUGAUCUCCGACCGAGAAAACGGCAGCGACUUGGCUGGGACGCUGUUCAUCCGGUGACUAAGGCUCAGCUAGGAUUGUUUUGUGGACAAGAGGUUGGAAAUGUGACCAGCUUUGCACCUUCGCGGGUACCCCAAGACCAUAAUAGUUCAUCUCUUGUUAAGCGUGUGGCUCGCGAUGGUUCUCCCCCAUGGCGCGAAGACGAUAAAGAUGGGCAUUAUAUGUUUGCACUUGGAGAUAAUUUAACUUCUCGCUAUAAGAUUCAUGGGAAAAUGGGAGAAGGCACAUUUGGGCAAGUGUUGGAAUGCUGGGACAAAGAAAACAAUGAAAUGGUUGCCAUAAAAAUUGUUCGUGGUAUAAAGAAAUAUCGUGAGGCGGCUAUGAUCGAGAUUGAUGUGCUCCAACAACUUCGUAAACAUGAUAAAGGUGGCAAUCGUUGUGUACAAAUAAGGAACUGGUUUGACUAUCGUAACCAUAUCUGUAUUGUUUUUGAGAAGCUUGGACCAAGUUUAUAUGAUUUUCUACGCAAAAACAAUUAUCGCUCAUUUCCCAUAGACCUAGUUCGUGAGAUUGGCAGACAACUCUUGGAAUGUAUAGCAUUUAUGCAUGAUCUACGCUUAAUACACACCGACUUGAAGCCGGAGAACAUUCUUCUAGCAUCUCCGGAGUAUAUCAGAGUGCCUGAUUACAAGGGUUCAUCAAGGUCACCGAAGGAUAGUUCUUACUCCAAAAGAGUCCCCAAGUGCAGUGCGGUCAAAGUGAUCGAUUUUGGCAGCACAACAUAUGAUCGUCAGGACCAGAGCUACAUAGUGUCAACACGUCAUUAUCGUGCACCAGAAGUUAUAUUAGGGCUCGGAUGGAGUUAUCCUUGUGAUAUAUGGAGUGUUGGUUGUAUCCUGGUGGAGCUUUGCUCUGGUGAAGCUUUGUUUCAAACACACGAGAAUCUCGAACAUCUUGCUAUGAUGGAAAGGGUGCUUGGCUUCUUACCUCAGCACAUGUUACGGAAAGCGGAUCGGCAUGCAGAAAAGUAUGUUAGAAAGGGUCGGUUGGACUGGCCUCAGGGUGCUACCUCGAGAGAAAGCCUAAAAGCUGUUGCGAAACUGCCUCGACUUCAGAAUUUAAUCAUGCAGCAUGUAGAUCAUUCGGCUGGGGAGUUGAUCCAAGUGUUGCAGGGGCUUAUGAGAUACGAUCCUUCGGAGAGGUUAACGGCACGUGAAGCUUUAAGACAUCCGUUUUUUACCCGUGAUCAUCUUAGGCGCUACUAGAUUGAUACACACUCUUUCAUCUCUUUUCUCCUGUAGAUAUCGACCCUUUUUGGGAUUCCCUCUGUUACCUUUUUUCAUUCGCUUGCAAUUUCUUUCGAGUCCGGUCGUGUUUUUUUCCGAUGGCAAAUGUGAAUGAUGUAUGGUCAAUGCUACAAGCUGACCAGUUGCUACUAAAAAAGAUCUUUGAGAUGGUUGAAGAUUUAUGAUAUUUAUUCAAAUGGAUUCAUGCAUUUUGAGAUA